CGCACGCCCUCAAAAAUCAAAACGCAACGUUCCCAGCAAGCCCUGCGCCCACCGACUACACCCAUCCUGCCGGUCUGAACACUUCACCACCUCGAUCGUUCGAUCGACCCAUGUCCAUCCACAACUCGACCAUAAACGCGUCCUAAGUGUCAAAUAUCACUCUGCGAUCACGUUACCAGCCAUCGAUUAACGUCACUCUGGACUGAAGCGGGCCGCGACUGUACCCUCCAAAGUCGCUUUCAAUCUGUCCGCAGUAGGCAAGCAGGCUGGCCAGCGCCUCUUCCCUUGCACAAAAUGCAGCGCAUUGUGCGCUUGCGAGGCUCUACAAAGGCGUUGAGCACCUCAGUUGGUCAGCAAUUGCCCGCUGCUUUCCCUCCUCGAACUCGAUUGCGGUUGCGGCAACACCUUGGCGAAAAUCGUCCUCUUGACUUGUGCCCAGUGCAGAUCCCAUCUGCAGGCACCGCCGGCGCACCUUGGCGCAGCAUACACUCCACCUCUACUCAAUUCAAUGCUGCCGGACCUGGUCCCAGCGAGCACCAAAACCGCGCAGCUGAACAAAGUCCGCCGCCACACUGGUCGUCCAGCAAGUCCAAGGGCAAAGGCGUGCAAACGAAAAGCGCAAGCUCCUCCCGCGUGAAUCAGAGCUCGGUACACUCCGCCGCACCGAAGCACGACGCCGGAACCAAGAGCGCACCUAGCACGAUUUCUGCAAACGCUACGGGCCUCUCGUCAAAACAUGAUCCUGGGUCGACCUCACAAAGAAAGCCUUCUGCGCAGGAAGCCUCGCCCAAAGCUGUGCCUGAUCAAACUUCUAGUGGCGGCGUGCAGACGGACGAUGGCGCCAGACCUACGUUGUUGAAGCGAGCGCAGAAUCUGUGGCAGACAAUGCGGUUCCUGUUCAAGUUCUACUGGGCCGGAUUGAAAUCUAUCUGGGCGAAUCGCACUAGGGCGAAGGAGAUCCAGGCUCGGGUGGCUGCUAGGCGAGCCGAGGGCAAGCUCGAACCAAAUGAGCUGGGCAUGACUUGGGAAGAGAAGCAACUGAUCCGAGUGCAUCACUCCGACAUGCGCAAGGUUCCUUUGUUUGUUGCUAUCCUUCUCAUUUUAGAAGAGCUGCUGCCCUUGCUCGUGAUUUAUGCGCCUGGACUCCUCCCUUCUACUUGCAUUUUGCCGUCUCAGGCUGCGAAGAUUCGAGCGAAAGCGGAGGUCGCUCGUAACACUGCUGUCGCUCACUUGCGAGAGGCUCAAAGCGCUGGAACUCUGCCACUGAAGCUUAAUGAAGGACCAGACGCCGAAAAGGAAGCACUUAGCCAGCUUCCCGCUCAGGAAGUCAAGGACCUGGCUCGCGUCUUUGCGUUGCCGACUUGGGGACCCUCGGCACUUGUCGCACGCAGACUUCUCACGCACGCAGAGUACCUGCGUGGGGAUGAUGAGGCGUUGCACGCCAGCCAGGGCAUCAGCUCAGGGCUACCUUCGGGCGACGAUCUGCUUCGUGCAGCAAGUGAACGCGGUUUGAGAGCUAGCGAAGUAGGAUCCAAAGAGCUAAGCGGAGCUUUGCGAGCAUACUUAAAAUUGGUGCGGUCGCAGCCUUUCAACCUGCUGAUGCCGUUGAAGCUGUACGACAGGCCAACCCCUGCUGAGCUGCUAGAGAGCCAUGGGAAGAUAUCUGCCGAGUCCGAGAAGGGCGUCUUAGCGCGCACAAGGGACGUCGUGGAGGAGGUUGUACAGGAAGAAAGGAGUAGAGAGACCAGGGAAGAGCGGAGCGAGGCUGAAAGUGAAGCUAAGAGGAAGCGUGAAGAGAAGCAAUGAUGGACGACGCGUUCCUGUCUCUAUCGCUCGGAUACUGGAAUCACUGCGCUCUCUCUCUCUCUCUCUCUUUCCUGCACUGUCGCCGAAUAAUAUAGACACAUCAUUCCGCACUCUGCUGCCACACAGUUGCGCGCUCUACCUUCCAAGAGGAGGGCUAGGUGAAGGGA